GGUGUAGUGCUGAUGCUGGCCCACUGCGAGACGGUGGACGCCAUCGAGUUUGUGCCGUCGCUGCGCGUCACGAGGCAGUGCCACUACUGGGACGCCACGACGGACCAGGGCUGCACCUUCGGCGGGUGGCAUCCUCUGGCCUCCGAGAAGCUCCUCUCCUUGGCCCUCAGCGUUGCAAGUGACGAGGACGCCUUCAGCACGGGCUUCGUCAGGAUCCCAGGCUUCAGGAGCCUUUCGUGUCCUUCGCAGGACCCAGCGAGAUAAUUGGCGCACGGGCGUCGCUUGGCUGUGAUAAAGGCUCCGAGGGCGCAGACGCGAAGCUCUGGACUGGGGCUGGAGGUGCCGCCUGCCCCGAAGGCCUUCUUGCGCCACGCCCCUGAGCGGCCGGAGGCUCCUGCUCUACCUCCAGACGAUGUAGCUUGGCCGUUAUGUCAUCAAGGAUUGCUCUUGUGAUCCCAUGGUUUUAUAAAUCUGAUAAUAAGUAAUUACAAUAUAGUUGACAUCCAUUUACAUGUAUUAUACUGUUAUCUUAUGAAUAUUUUCUAGUCACUUCACUUAUACAUAUAAUAUCUACCGUUAUGCAGAGGUUUUGAUCUUUGGAUUCUCCGCUGCAUAUGAAAUGCUGUUAGGUAUAGAAAAAACAAGAGGAUAUUUUUUGUUCGAGGAAGAGAGAGUAGAGAAAGGGAUUUUGCGAGAGGUCCACCAGCCAAUCAGCAGAAGGUUUCAAGCAAUAAAACUGUCAGUACUAAGUAUGAAUAUCAAACCCAGUCUGAAUUGGCUGCGGACCGACACUGCCCAGACGCGUCGAAAGAUGGACACCAGGACAUCGACUUCCACAAGAAUAAGAGUCGGAGAAGGAAGUGACGAGGAAGGGAGAAAUAAAAUCUUACAAAGCUA